CUAUUUAGCGCUGUCUGGUUUUGGCAAAGGCUUAGGUGGUCUUUUGACCUCUACGUGUCAGUUUUCUAUCCAACCACCGAGUAGAAUUCUUUUAGACCUUCUGGCUUUCCAGUUUCACUACACGCAGACCUCCUCAUUUAAGAGAACACACGCACACAUCUAAAAAAUUGCAUAUCCUUUCUCCUGCACCGCCGCCGCCGCUCCUCACAGUCCGUCCAAUGACGACCACUCCUGGACCACCACAUUCGGUUCCCCGCUGCUCUGAUGUAUUGAUUUCCAGUGUCGUCGGGGCCCGCGCCGACCUCCCGUUCACCGCCCGUGCCGCCAAAGUCGCCUCCAUCCCCGUGCCGCCUCCCUCCUCCGCUUUGAACCCGGUGAGCCGAGCCGCCCUGCCACGAGGAGCUCUAGAUUCUAGGCAGCCCCUUCCCCUGAUGGGUCAUUGUCCAUACGAUGGUCUGGCAGGUCCAUAUCGCGCGUCAAGUUCUGUCGCAUGGGGAAUGGCACAAGGUGCGUCGAUGGCCUGUCAGGUCCAUAUCGUGCGUCAAGUUCUGUCGCGUGGGGAAUGGCACGGGAUGCGUCGAUGGCCUUUCAGGUCCAUAUCGUGCGUCAAGUUCUGUCGCGUGGGGAAUGGCACGCGGUGCGUCGAUGGCCUGCCAGGUCCAUAUCGUGCGUCAAGUUCUGUCCCGUGGGGAAUGGCACGGGGUGCGUCGAUGGCCUGCCAGGUCCAUAUCGUGCGUCAAGUUCUGUCGCGUGGGGUAUGGCACGGGGUGUGUCGAUGGCCUGCCAGGCCCAUAUCGUGCGUCAAGUUCUGUCCCGUGGGGAAUGGCACGGGGUGCGUCGAUGGCCUGCCAGGUCCAUAUCGUGUGUCAAGUUCUGUCGCGUGGGGAAUGGCACGGGGAGCGUCGCUAGCAGUAUGUACAUCCGGUGGCCACGGGGGUAUGCUUAGGGAACUUCUUUUGCAGGACAGAAAUUUGCAGUGGAUAAAGAGGUUAGGAUUGAGGUACAUAAAAAGGACUAGUAGAUACUUCAUCAGUCAGCAUGCCGGCCUCUAGCUGAUCCACGAUGGUGCUGGGCUUACCAUUAGAAGAGGUUCUCUUGGGCUGCUCUCCUAGGCGCCAAAACUCUUGGAGUUGUCUGACCUCAUCAUCGAAACUUUGAGCACGUAUGAUUCUAAAAGCAAAACGAAGUUUUAGAAGCUAUUGGGGCAUAUUCUCUCAUAACUUUGCAACCUAUUACCGAUGCUUCUAGAAAUGGCUGUUGUAGGAAUUUCCUAUUAUGUUUUUGAAGGAUUAAAACUGUAGUUCUCUUUCACCAUGGAUAAUAUCAAGAAAAUAAACCACA